CUCCUUGAAUACUGCCUCACUAUUUCUCUUUUCUAAUUGGUCGAGAUCUCAGUUUAGCAUUACGUCAUACAAAAUCAACCAAUCGUAAUCAUCUAUUUCAUCUCAACUGUUUUGCAUCACACCUUACACACAGAUCACAGAUGUUCAUGUUCAAUAUAACCUCAAAUAUUUUUUUAUCGUUCUAGAUGUGUUGCGCUUGAAAAUAUCUCCUUUCUUUUUAUCUUCUCAUUCAGCUAUCCAUUUAUUUUGAGCGAAACUUUGCACUUUUUGACUAAAUAUAUCCGUAAAUGAAGAUAAACGAGAAAAAUUUGGCAGCAUACGCAGUUUCUGCGACUCCAGUGGAUCGAGAAGGAUGGCUUGUCAAACGGGGAGAUGUCAAUAAAACGUUUCAAAAAAGAUGGUUUAUCCUAAAAGGAAAUUUGUUAUUCUAUUUCGAAAAACGGUAUGAUAAAGAACCUGUUGGUGUUGUCAUAUUGGAAGGCUGUACUAUAGAAUUGGCGGAAGAUGAAGAACAGUUCUGUUUCAAGAUUGUAUUCCAUGGGCCUGGAAACAGGAGUUACGUUUUGGGAGCGGACUCCCAGGAGUCUAUGGAACAGUGGAUGAAAGCCCUAGCUUGUGCAAGCUAUGAUUAUAUGAAGUUGAUAGUCGCUGAGCUUCAGAGGCAGCUUGAUGAGAUGGAAGAGAACGUUCCGGCACCAGCGCGCACCGGUGCUAGUGACCCGAAGAUCGAUGGCACCACCUCGCCUCAACCGCCUCCCAGAACGCGACACAACCCGUUCAACCGGCCGGCACAUCCCAACUUGACACAUUCCUCCAGUCACAACCCGUUCAACCGGCCGGCGCAUCCCACCUUGACGCAGUCUUCCAACCAUAAUCGGUCACACAGUGUCAGGUCGGCCCCUCCCCGUCCUGAUGUCGCAUCUAGGGCUAUUGAGAACUCGACGUCAAGACACAAAGUCACAUUCAAAGAACUGCACACAGCUUACGGCCGACCCAUACUGACUGACCGAAACGAAUGGCGGCAUAGAAACAAACUGGAACUGGAACGAAAACAACAGCCUCUCAUUUCGCUGUGAUUGCGACAAGCUGUCACCCCGACAACCUGUCAUCUCUCAGUAAUACAUCAAUCGCGACAAGGUGUCAUCCCGACAACCUGUCACCUUGUAAAAAUCCAACAAGAUAUCACUCUGAUAUCCAUUCUCUUCUGUGUUUCAACCAUUGGCGACAAUUAUUUGUCACCUCUUAAGGUGCCGCGAACAUGAGCAAUUCACUUUUAAUCAGCUGAUGCCAAGCUUUUUAUAUCUGUAUCUUACCGUUUCUGUAAAAAUACAGAUAUAGUCAGCUGAUUAAAAGUGAAUUGCUCAUGUUCGCGGCGCGUAUAUCUGUACGCACCUUUAGAAAUUUAUCAAUGCAUUACACAAGAUGUUGCUUCAGCAGCUUGACACCUCCUUAGCUACAGGUGAUAGGUUGUCGUCAUUCUUCGCGACAAAGUAUCACCUUCAUCUCUUGCGUCAAGACAAGUUUUCGAUACCAUCACGAUAAAGUAUCACCUCUUUUGUUCGCGGAAAGGUUUCACAUCCUUAUAACGGUGACAGGCUGUGGUUGUUUUUCUAACCCAUUAACCUUGUAAAUCAGUUUUAGAAGGUGAUAGUUUGUUUGAGUGACAGGUUGUCGAGGUGACACCUGGACGGCGACCCAUCUUCCUUCUGUGAUUGGAUACAGCAGCAAAGUCAACCGCAAGUACAACUUAAUUCAAGUCGACUUACAUCAAAUAAUUUCUGGACUUUUUCCUCUCUAAGGCAACUUUAGAUUGAGAUCCAUCUUCUGUCUUAUCUGUUGAGAAUACUGUUUACAACUCUUGAAAUCUAAACAUGUGUUGUCGAGGUGACACCUGGACGGCGACCCAUCUUCCUUCUGUGAUUGGAUACAGCAGCAAAGUCAACCGCAAGUACAACUUACAACAACUUUAUUCAAGUUACAUCAAAUACUUUCUGGACUUUUUCCUCUCUCAGGCAACUUGAGAUUGAGAUCUAUGUUCUGUCUUCACUGAUGAGCCUUAUCCGUUGAGAAUACUGUGUACAACUUUUGAAAUCUAAUCAUGUGUGGCCAAGUAAUUGGAGAAAUUAUAGUAGCAAUCAUCAAUACUGACAAAUACUGUGUUUCAAUCCUGAAUAAGUAAACAAUAAUCAAGUUUGGGGUUGAGUAGAGAAGUAAGCCUAUAUUCAUAUAUUCUCAUAUUCAAUUUUUCUCAUAUUCAAUUUUAUUUAUUUCAAUUUAUUAAAAACACACAAAACAAGACAAAACAAAAUUACAAAGAAAUAGUCUAUAGUGAGAUUCUAUCUAAACUGUAAGUAGUAAACAUUGUGUGAAUGGGUCGUGUAAUGCCAAGUAAUUGAAGAAAAUUAUAUAGUCAGUCCUCAAUACAAAUACUGCGUUUCAAUCCUGAAUAAGUAAACGGUAGUCAAAUUUGGGGUUGAGUAGAGUCGUAAGGCUGUAGUGUGAUUCUCUCUAAACUUUAUGUAUUGUUCGAAUGGGAAGCCUUGAUAAUGUUUAACAUAGGCUUUAUGACGUAUUCUCAUGGCUUUUAUUGGUAGAGAGAUCCUUUCGGAUGUUGUGCCGUAAUACCAUAGAGAAACAAUAGCGUAAGUAGAUAUCCCAUGGUAUAGGGCGUUUAUGUCGCAACUUUUACUGUUAUCUCAAGCCGAUAGUCCACGUAGUUCUUUCCCGUGAAGCUUUAUGUUGCUGCUAGUCUCUUAUAGUGUGCCUUUCAUACACUCUUACCCGGUCAAAACAGUAAAAAUCGACAACAGUCGACAGUAAUCGGCUUGAGAUAACAGUAAAAGUUGCGACAUAAACGCCCU